AUGAGCAGUGGUGAGGGGGCCGAGGGCGAUAGUGGAGGUGGUGGCGGCAAUGCCAAAUCUGGCCCAGCGACGGAGAAGGACGACAACAACAAUGACGAGUACGAGAACUAUGACGAACUCGUGGCCAAGUCCCUCCUCAACCUGGGCAAGAUCGCAGAAGACGCUGCCAACCGAGCCAUGACGGAAUCUGAGAUGAACAGCAACUCCUCUAACAGCGCUGAGGAAGAAGAAGAGGAGGAGGAAGAGGAGGAGGAGGAUGACGACGAAGAGGAGGAGGAGGAGGAAGAAGAAGACGAGGAGGAAGAGGAGGAAGAAGAAGAGGGGGAAGGGGAUGAAACACAGCGGGGUGAUCUGAGUUUGGACGUUGACAGCGAUGUGGUUCGGGAGACGGUGGACUCCCUUAAACUGCUGGCACAAGGUCACGGUGCAGUAUUGGCUGACAAUUUAGACGGACAGGAGUUUGAGGAUGGUACAGCUGAGAAUGGGGAUAAGAAUGACUGUACUCACAAUGGGGGAAAUGCACACAAUGGUGGUAAUGGACAAGUUAAGACCACCAGUAAUGGACAAAUAGAAAAUAGUGACGAAGAAGUGUGUUUAAGCAGUCUGGAGUGCCUACGGAACCAAUGCUUCGACCUGGCUCGGAAACUCAGUGAAACCAAGUCUGCUGACCGAAUCGGACCAUCCCAGCAAAAUCAUUUUUCAUGCGGGGAUCCCAAUCAACAGCCCCAGCAUCACAGCUAUGGGGAUUUCCACCACAGCCAAGAUGACAGGCGGACACUUGAUAGGAAUUAUUCCGACAUGGACAAUCUUAUGAAGCUUGAGGAACAGCUCAGUCCACGCUCCAAGGCCUUCUCCAGUUGCGCACAGGACGACAGAUAUCACACCAACCACCGGGACUUCGAUGAGGACACAGCCUCUGUGACGUCGGACCGCUCAGAAGAAGUGUUUGACAUGACAAAGGGCAACCUGUCCCUCUUGGAGAAGGCCAUUGCACUAGAGUCAGAACGUGCCAAGGCAAUGCGGGAUAAAAUGGCGGCUGAGGCUGCCAGGAGAGACGGGGUGAGAUAUAGUCAUGAAGACCAUGGCCCACGGCAUGGCUACGGCCUUGAGCGUAAAGCCCGGCUUCCUGAUGGUAUGAAGAAGCCUUUCUACCAUAAAGAUGCUUCACGUGCAGACAAGAAGGAAAGUCGGUGUCCUACACCAGGCUGCGACGGCACGGGUCACGUGACGGGCCUGUACCCCCACCAUCGGAGCCUGUCCGGCUGUCCGCACAAAGACAGGGUGCCACCAGAAAUUGUGGCUAUGUAUGAGAAUGUUCUUAAGUGUCCUACGCCUGGCUGCACGGGACGCGGCCAUGUCAAUAGCAACAGAAACUCCCACAGAAGUCUGUCAGGAUGUCCUAUCGCGGCAGCUGAGAAGCUGGCCAAAGCCCAGGAGAAGCACCAGAGCUGUGACGGCUCCAAAUCCAACCAGGCUUCUGACCGAGUCUUAAGGCCUAUGUGCUUUGUCAAACAACUGGACUAUCCACAGUAUGGUUACAAGAACAAUGUUUCCACCAGCACGCCCCGCUCCAACCUGGCCAAGGAGCUGGAGAAGUACUCCAAGACCAGCUUUGACUACAGCGCCUUUGAUGGCAGUAACAACCACCAAGUGUACGGGAAACGGGCCAUCGCACCCAAAGUUCAUGGACAAAGAGACACCUCCCCCAAAGGAUAUGACGCCAAACGUUACUGCAAGAACUCCAGCUCGGCCAGCAGCACCACCAGCACCUACGCUCCCAGCAGUAGCAGCAGUAGCCUGAGCUGUGGAGGUGGAGGAGGGGGCGCGGGAGGAGGCAGAGGGGGCGGGGGCAGCAGCGCUAGCAGCACCUGCAGCAAGAGCAGCUUUGACUAUAGCCACGACAUGGAGGCCGCCCACAUGGCAGCCACAGCCAUCCUCAACCUGUCCACGCGCUGCCGGGAAAUGCCCCAUGGCAUGGGGGGGAAGCCCCAGGACCUGUGCUCGCAGAGCCCCGGUCUAGAUGUUGAUGAGAAUGGUACGUUGGACCUGAGUAUGAGCAAGCGUCUGUGCAGCGGCGGUGGAGGGGACUCGGUGCUCACCCCUCUAGAGCCCAUGUCCCCCCAGAGGCAAGCCGCCCUGCUGGGCUCCCGCUGCUACGGCAUGGGGGAUGCCGCCGACUGCUGGGACCUGCCUGUAGACUACACCAAGAUCAAACACAUAGACGAGGACGAGAAAGAGCCAGAUGACUUGGAUCCCUUCCAUGACCUGCUGGACGACCGCUCCUACACCACAGAUGUUAACAUGCCCAGCCCCAAGCCCAAGUAUGUCCAGUGCAAAGAGAGUAAGAAGGACCUGAUAACUCUCUCAGGUUGUCCUUUAGCUGAUAAAAGCAUUCGAAGUAUGCUGGCCAACAACGCGCAAGAGCUCAAGUGCCCGACACCAGGGUGCGAUGGUUCGGGACAUAUCACUGGCAACUACGCCUCACACAGAAGUCUCUCAGGGUGUCCGCGGGCCAGGAAAAGUGGGAUAAAGAUCAUCCACAGUAAAGAGAACAAGGAGGACCAGGAGCCUAUCAGGUGUCCUGUCCCGGGUUGUGAUGGUCAGGGACACGUGACAGGGAAGUAUGCCUCCCACAGAAGUGCAUCAGGAUGCCCCAUAGCAGCCAAGAGACAAAAGGACGGCUACCUAAAUGGCAUCCAGUUCACAUGGAAGUCUGGCAAGACAGAGGGCAUGUCCUGCCCCACACCAGGCUGCGACGGCUCGGGUCAUGUCAGCGGCAGCUUCCUGACACAUCGCAGUCUGUCGGGUUGUCCACGUGCCACCUCCGCCAUGAGGAAAGCCAGGCUCUCUGGAGUGGAAAUGCUAACAAUAAAGCAGCAACGUGCCAGCAACGGACUGGAGCAUGAAGAGGAGAUCAAACAGCUGGAUGAAGAAAUCAAAGAUUUAAGUGAAUCAAAUUCACAAGUGGAAGCAGACAUGAUCAAACUUCGAACACAGAUUACAACAAUGGAGUCCAACCUGAAGUCCAUAGAGGAGGAAAACAAGGUGAUUGAACAGCAAAAUGAAUCUCUCCUGCAUGAGCUGGCCAACCUCAGCCAGUCACUGAUUAACAGUUUAGCUAAUGUCCAGCUCCCUCAUAUGAAACCACUGGCACAUAAAGAGCCUCCUUUAAGGAAUAACAGCUGCUUACAGAUGCACCAGCAAGAGCCAAUAAGCGAGCAGAACUUUGACGCCUAUGUGACCACUUUAACGGAUAUGUACACAAACCAAGACCAGUACCAGAGCCCAGAAAACAAAGCCCUGUUGGAAAACAUCAAGCAAGCUGUUCAAGGGAUCCAAGUGUAACCAUUCAGCAAAGGGAGAUUUUUGUUCCCUAAGCAGGUGUGGGUGUUGUAUCAAAUCCACAUACGAACAGGCAGUGAUGGGUUAAUCUCCUUGGUUCGGUGCAGUAACUUAUAUAGUGUUAUAUAUUCUAAAUUCUGUUCUCUCAAAAAAAGAGGUAUUAUGCUUAGAAAGACCUCGAGAUAAUUUCUUUCUUUCGUUCUUUUCUUUUUAGGCCUUGCUUUGAGGAAGAACAUAAAAGAGUAACCGGCAAAAUAGUUUUUGAGGACAUUCACAUUUUGUACGUUUUCAUAUGAGCUGACAUAGUGUCAUGUAAUGUUUCUAGCUGCUCAUGUAUGCACAUUUUUAGUGUAUAUUUCUGAACAGUAAGCUAAUGAUAACGGAACGCAAGUUCUUUUUAUUGCUUGACAACAAAGCAUUUUAGAUGAAAAAACUGGACAGUGAAAUAAAAAUGAAAAAACUACAAGCAAGGAGGAAGCUACUUAUUUUUCUCCUCACUGGAUGAUUUUGGACUUGAUGAUUUUAGAUGUUUUUUCUUCUUCUUUUUGCGUGUACAUUGUUCAAGAGCAAGAACUGGUCUGCGAAUCGCUUUAUUUUCUGACAAUGCUUGAGAAAAGUUUGUGUUUUGUUUUGAUGAAAAAAAAGAUGUGUAGCUGUAGGUGGGGGCAUUUUUAAUUGGUGCUGUAGAUGAAUCUGGAGAGGAAACUGACCUGAUGUAUGUAUGAAUGUAUGUAUGAACAGUUAUAUUGUAAACAUCAUUACACGGAAACCCGAUGGUGGAAAUCCCAUUAUCUAGGAGAGCCAAUUAAUUCCUAGAGGAACACAUCUGUGCAGCGCAUGCAUGUUCACAUGCUCAUCCUUAACUAAUCUCAAACAGAAAUGAUGUGUUAAGACAAUGACCUAUAGAGACCACAUUCUAGCCUUUCUAGUAUCAAAUCUGCUCAAUUUCGAGACUCGUUUGCUAGGAUCAAGAAGUGUCUCAGCAAUAUAAUAAGUGAAUAAUUUGUUUAUAGUAGGUACGGGAUGCAAUCUGCAAAGGAAAAAAAAUGUUGGGUAUAUGCAAUUUCUUGUUUAUAAGCAUAGCGGGGUAACAUGAAUCUUUUUAAUAUAGCCUAUGUAAAAUAUUGAUUUUUAUACAAAUCUUUUAAUACAAAAAGUCUUUUUAAAAAAGAGGAGGGAACCUGGACAUUGAGUUUUAGAAGCGAAAGUAUAUGAGUUCCACUUUUUUUCUGUACGAUUUUGCACAGGGACACCUUCGUUUCCAUGUUUUGAUGUUCUUACAGAAACUAAAAGCAGUACCCGAGAGCCUAAAAGGAGGGUUUCAGAGGGUUUUGUAAAGAGUAUUUAUAGAGUAUGACAGCGGGACUUACAGGGUCACUGUCCCCACUUAUGUGCCAGUAGACUAUUUGCACUUGUCCUUGAAGAUAUUAUCCUUACGUACGGCGGCGUGCAAUUUUCCAGGUGACCUCUUUGGCACACGAUUGAAGCAACCAACUGCUUGGAGCCACUGUAGGUGUGGAUUUAGUACCACUGAGAGAGGAAGAACAGGGACUUGAAAUCAGAGAAGAGGAUGAUUAUAACCAUAGCAGUUAUACUGUAGGCUAUUAUCAAGUGUAAAAACAUUAACAAUGUUCUUUCAUUUUUGCUAUGUUUUAGGAAGAUGAAGUUAUCCCCCAGCAGCACUUUAUAUCUAAUCACUGUACAAAGGAUUAAAUAGUCAAUCAAUUCAAGGUUUUAAAAAAAGCAGAAGAAACAGUGAACGAGACCUUCAAGGGGUGAUACAAUCCAGCGUGACGCCCGUAUGCCUGACUGUAUGCACCCCUUCAUUCUGUUGUUCUAGUUGUUAGCGAUCAUGUUCAGAAUUUGCCUUUUUGAGAGCUAAUGCAAAAGGUGCUUGUUGUUCACCUGAUUGAAUCUCAUCUAUUGUACUUUACUGUCCUCUUUCAGGACUCUACUACCCAUCAUCCAUGACUGCAUACGCCUUUUUCCACAGCAUCGUGUCUGCAGCUUUUUGCCAAUAUAGUAAUGCUUCAGUAGAGUAAUAGCUAGUACCAGUUUUUGAAUUAAUUCUCAUUAUCAGUAAAAAGGGAAACGGGAUUUAAAGCACAAACCGGCUGCUCAUCUGAUGUUGGUACAUAAAUAACAAAUCUGAAUAGAGUUAUCUGUGACUAUCUAUAGGGAACACAAAAAGGUUGUCACAUAUUUAGAAAGCUGACUUUUCAUAUAAAUUAUUGUGAAUUCAUCAGAGUUUAUUAUUUUAUUUGAGCCAAUUCAUUUUGAGACUGGUUUUCAGUGACCAUUAACAAAGACAGGAUUUUGUAUAAACUAUUGUGCUCUCUGUGGAACUGAAGUUUGAUUUAUUUUUGUACUACACAGCAUGGAUUUGUUGACAUUUUAAUUUUGCUAUAAAUGUGUGAGAUCACAAGUUGCUGUGAUAUUUCAUUUAUAAAUUGUGAACUUUGUACAAUUUUUGUCAUGCUGGAUGUUGACACAUCUUACUCUGAAUAAAGAAAAAAUG